AUGCGCCGAUGCAAGCCUGCUCGCCAUUUUUCAAAACCUUCCUCCCCUCCAUCCCCCACCACCACCAAACCCCACCCUCCCUCCUCCCCCUCUUCCCCCAACCCUCAGCUCAAGAGCAUGCGGCUUCUCCGCAAGUUCAACGGGGGGCACAGGGGGUUUGCGUUUGUGGAGUUUGCAACAAAGAGGGAAGCUGAGAGUGCCUUUGAUGCGCUCAAGAGCACCCACCUGUAUGGCCGCCACCUUGUGCUUGAAAGGGCCAAGGAGGGCGGGGGGCUUAACGAGCUACGUGCCAAAACUGCCGUCCAGUUUCUGGAUGGCGGGGCGGGCGGCGUGCGGCAGAAGAAGCGUGCCAAGCUGGGGCAGGGCGUGGAUGACAGUGAUGUGGCAUUUCGAGAAAUGCAGUUUGGUUGA